GCCUUCGCGCUGCUGUCGCGCUGCCAGCUGGGCCAGGACGCGGCGCCGCUCGGCGCCGCCGCGCCGGACGAGACCGAGGAGGCGCCUGAGCGAGGAGGUCGAGACGGGCGUCCCCGGGUGCCGCUCUUCGGCUUCCCGCAGGCGGAGGCGCGUCCCUCGGAGACCACGGCCGUCGGCGACGCCGGCUGCGCUGCAGUCGAAAUCAGGUCGAUGCGGCGGCCCGGCCUGCCCAGCUUCGACGACUUCUCGUGUGAGUGGAGCCCGCGGCAGGACUCCUCGCCGGACCUGCCUGGCGGUCGCCUCCUGACGCCGCGGCCCCCGGAUGGCAUCGUCCUCAACCACGACGAGAUCCACUCGUUCCGGGACUCCCAGCAGACGAGGCCAGCCCCCCGGGUCGUGAGCGACAGGUAUAGGAAGAUGCUUUCCGAUAGAGAGGACGAAGACGUCCUCAUCGUCCCAGAUCCUCUGGUUCAGCUUCCAGAAGACCAUAGAAGGCACAGGCGUCCGGGCCGCACGGCGCCGCCCAACUCCGCGAGGCAUGGCGGCGGCGAGGAGGAUACCACCCCCGAGGACUCCGACAGCAGCGCGCUGCGGGGCAACCGCUCGCCGUCCACGGGCCCGUCCGCGGCGGAGGAAGCCGCGACGCCCUCGGGGGCCUCCACCGCGUCCUUCGGCACGCGGGGCUCGGUGAUGUCCGUCGUUUCCUUCGGGGACCCCUCGGGGCACGUGCUCUCCGCGCGAAGGCGCGACUCCAAGUGCUCCAUCGACUCGCUUGACUCCGCGCUCGCCUCCGCGCGCUCCGCCGAGCACGGGGCUCGGGAUACGACCUUCGAGAUCAACCUCACGAAGGAUGGGGGCGCGACGCCUGGUCUGAACUUGACGCGAAGCUUCGUCGAUAACGCAGAGCUCCUCAUAACCGCCGUGAAGGAGGGGGGUCUGGUGAGCGAAUGGAAUUCUAAACGGCCGAGCAUGUCUGUCAAUAUCGGCGACUACAUCAUCAAGUGCAACGGCAAGAGGACCUACAAGGAAAUCAUGAACGAGCUCCGCUGCGCGAAUGAGAUUAGCAUGACCAUCAUGACCUCGCAGGCGAAGGGCGCCUCGCCGCAGAACCUCGCGGACCUGCACCUCAUGGAGCCUGGCCCCGACCAGCAAACCUCCGUGGACAGCACUCUCCCUGGCGAGGCGGAAGCAGCACCUCAGUGCCAGGGCUGGCCCACGUCCCCGCGGGAGCGCGAGCCGGCCUUCGCCAAGGCCGGCAGGCCAAAACGCCCGCAGGUGCCGCAGCUCGACCUCGGGCGGCGGCUCCGGGAGCCGCAGCCGCAGGCCGCCCCCGCGCCUCGACCGCGGGCUGGCGACGGCGGCCGCCGGUUGCCGGAGGACCAGGAGAGCGCUGCCAGCAGCUCCUCCCUCGUGGAGGGCCCGGAGGUGGAGAUCACUUCUACCAUGGACUCGACGAGGCGGAGCCUGAAGGCCGCGGCGCGGCCGGCGGGGGCCGCGGCCUCUGAGGACAGCACCUCGUGCGGCAGCGGGGGCUUCCCGGGCGAGGCUCCGCCGCGGAGGAAGCCCUUGCACCGUGGGCUGCAGGUCACGAGGCACGGUCACUUCACCAUCGUGCCCAUGACUCUGGAGGAGGAGACUUCGUGGCAGCAGUGCGUUCCACUUUGUUCCCAUAGAGGUUGA